CAAUGUUAUGUGGAGAAACACCAUUUCAUAGAAGAUAGAAAGAAGAAAGAUUUAGACAAACUAAUAUAGAGGUAUCUAAUUUCUAUGGUAUUAAAUAUCAAUUAAGAUUUAUAGCUUGGGAAUAGAGAAAGAUUUCAGAAGAAGUAAGAAAUUUGGGUAAAAAGAUGCUUAUUUAUGAUCCUACUUAAAGAAUUUCAGCUGAAGAAUCAUUUAAUGAUCCAUGGAUUUAAUAGAAUGCACCUAAUGUUCCUAUUGAUUAGAAUUCAAUUUAAAAUUUGUCUUCUUUCUUUGUAUUAUUUUACUUUAAUAUAAAAUGAAGGGCAAAAAUAUGUUGCGAACUGCAUUUAUGCAAUUCAUUUUUUCAACUAAUCUCAUGACGAAUUAAGAAAAAGAAGUGUUAAGGAAGGAAUUCUUAAAAAUAAUAAGUUAUAUUAGUAAAGAUGAAUUAGUUUAAGGUUUCAACUAAAAUUACUAUAGUCUACUUUAAAUAAUAUUAGAAAAUCAAUUCAAAAAAAUGGUUGAUGAUAUCUUUGAAGAAGUAGUUAUAUAAAUUUUCCAGAGUUUAUCACAUCAGCUUUUAUUGAAAAAACAAUAAGAAACAAUAUAUUAUAUUUAAUCAAUUUUAGGAUGGAAAGCUUAAAUAAGUAGAGAUGAUCUUUAGGAAUCAAUGUAAGGAAUUGAUGAUAAUUUAUAGAAGAAAAUUUUAGUUAUGUGUGAUUAUAAUAAAAAGAAUUUAUUGAAUUUUUAGAAUAAGGGGUAUGAAUGA